UUUCAGUUUGCAGCAACCAAAAUGUGGGUUCUUUUGAUAGGAACUAUUGUUGUUUUGAGCUUUACACACUGGCUUUACCGUUGGAGAAACCCCAAAUGUAAUGGGAAACUCCCACCAGGUUCAAUGGGGUUCCCUCUGCUUGGUGAAACCUUCCAGUUCUUCGCUCCCAAUACCUCCUCUGAUGUCCCUCCUUUCAUCAGAAACAGAGUGGAUAGGUACGGACCAAUCUUCAGAACAAGUUUGGUGGGAAGACCGCUGAUUGUCUCAACCGACCCCGACUUCAAUCACUUCAUCUUUCAACAAGAGGGUCACUUGUUCCAGAGCUGGUAUCCAUCUACCUUCACCCAGAUAUUUGGAAGGCAAAAUGUUGGUUCAUUGCACGGUUUCAUGUAUAAGUUCCUGAAGAACAUGGUUCUUCAUCUUGUUGGCCCUGAAAAUCUGAGGAAGAUGAUAUCUGAAGUGGAGGCUGUAGCUACCACAAGAUUGACACAAUGGUCAUCUCUUGAAUCGGUUGAAUUGAAGGAUGAGACUGCAAGUAUGAUUUUUAAUCUGACUGCAAAGAAGCUGAUUAGUUAUGAUUCAGAAAAUUCUGAAGAGAAUUUGAGAGACAACUUCGUUGCAUUCAUACAGGGCUUGAUUUCCUUCCCUCUAAAUGUUUUUGGAACAGCUUAUAACAAAUGUUUACAGGGCAGGAAAAGAGCGAUGAGGAUGCUGAAAAACAUGCUACAAGAAAGGCGUGCAAAUCCAAGGAAAGAGCAAACAGAUUUUUUUGAUUAUGUUCUUGAAGAACUGGCGAAGGAUGGAACUCUUCUCACCGAGGAGAUUGCUUUGGACCUCAUGUUUGUGCUGCUUUUUGCGAGCUUCGAAACUACUUCACUUGCUAUUACUGCAGCCAUUAAAUUCCUCCUCAACAAUCCUCAUGUGCUGGAGGAGCUGACGUGUGAACAUGAGGGGAUAUUGAAGGCAAGGGAGAAUCCAGAUUGUGGGCUUACAUGGGAUGAAUACAAAUCCAUGACAUUCACAUUUCAGUUCAUCAAUGAAACUGUGAGACUGGCAAAUAUAGUUCCGGGAAUCUUUCGAAAAGCACUGAGAGACAUCCAGUUUAAGGGAUAUACCAUUCCAGCUGGGUGGUCAGUUAUGGUCUGCCCUCCUGCCGUGCACUUGAAUCCUGAAAAAUAUGUUGAUCCCCUCGCUUUUAAUCCAUGGCGGUGGGAGAAAUCCGAAUUGAAUGGAGCAUCUAAACAUUUCAUGGCAUUUGGUGGGGGCAUGAGGUUAUGUGUUGGUACAGAUUUUACCAAACUUCAAAUGGCUGUGUUUCUCCACUGCCUGGUUACAAAGUACACGUUCAAAGCAAUCAAGGGAGGCAAUAUCGUCCGAACGCCCGGUUUACAGUUUCCCGACGGUUUACACGUUCAAAUCAUGGAGAAAUGACAAAAAUAAAAGCCUUGAUGAAGAAGAUGAACAGAAGUAGCAAACAAAAAUGUCCAAACCAAAUAAACUGCCCAAUAUAGUAGUUCCACAGACAAAUUACCAAUCUAUAAUCUUCAACAACAUAAUAUUUAGUGUUAUCUUUCAUUUUCUUUCUUCUUUUAUGUUUGGCUUUGAUAGUGUACAGUCAUAGAAAGGCAAAGAAAAAUGAAAUCUACCCAUAACUA